UCCAUAGCACUGUGGCAUUUUUCUAAAUAAGAAUUAAUUAGUUAAUGCACUGGAGAUAUAAAACAAUAUAGUGCAAUUCAAUAUUAGAAACGUGUAGUUUUAUAAAGCGUGAACAAAGUGUUCGUAUGAUUAUUGAAUUCGAUACAAUGACCCGUGAGUUCACGGCUACACUUGCUAGCGUAUCGUGAUAUUUAACCAACCAUUAUAAUAAAAAUAUUAGUAACAUUUUUGAUGUUACGUUACUAGUAAUUGAACGGUAUUAACUGUCGUAAAGAGUGUAAUCUCUCGGAACUAUGUGUUUUCGAUGUUAUGAUCAAUAAAUGGUUAACUCCGUAGUUGAACGUCCAGGCGGCAUGGUGUUACUGUGACAUUACGAUUUGGAAAUAUGUAAAUAAACAUGAACGAUAUAAGCGUGAAAAUAGUGGAUUUUGGUAAGGAACAGACGGGAGUCGAUAUUGUGGCUCCAGUGGAUACAGUGCCUGAAAAUGAAGUGGAUCCUUUAGCGAUAGACGACUCAAAGGUCAAGGAAGAAGCGGAAGCGAUCGAGACGGCGGAGGCGCUGCUAGUGCCGGAGAAGCCGGAAGUUGAGAAAACGGUGGAAAGCUGUGAUCAGAAUGCCAAAGAUGAGAAUUUAAGUGUGAAACAGAAUUUGGGAAGUGAGGAACUGAAGCUGCAGACACAACAGAUUAAAGAAGAUCUACUGAAAGAAGACACUAUAUCAUUAGCAAGUACCACAGAGGAUCCCACAGAAGAACCUGAAACUCUACAAAAUGGUGCUGAGCUUGAGGCCAUGCAGUCAGACCCCGAGCCAAUAGCAGCACUUGGCGAAAAUGUAGAACCCACCCCUGAAGAGGCAAUAGAGGUCCCAGAAAUCACUGAGACUUCAGUCCAAAUACCUGAAACCCCUGUAUCAGAGCCAGUUGUAUCAGAAGCACCAGCCCCAGUUCUACCAACUGUGGUGGCUCCUGUCGUUCCAACAGCCCCUGUUGCUCCGUCUGUAUUGUUACAACCAACUGUAUCUACAAUCCCACCAACUCCUGUUGUCUUACCACCAUCAGUGAGCAUAGUUCCUUCAUUCCCAACACAGGCUGUGCCUGUGGUGCCAUCAGUCUCUUUAACUCCAACUUACCCAUCGCAGUCUGUGCCAGUGGUGCCAUCAGCCUCUGUAGCUCCAACGCCUCAAAAUUACCCAACACCGGCUGUGCCAGUGACGAUCAUCCCAGCUAUACCAAUUGUACCAGCCGUGCCAACUAUCCCUGUACCACCAUCACUUCCAGCAAUCCUUACUGUUCCUUUAACCUCAGCCAUUUCAAUAACGCCAGUGGCUGCGCUCACACCGUCCACACCAAAACCUUUUCCAGUAUCUACCAACCUUCCCGUAACACCCACUCCGUCACCAGUCCCGGUUAUCCUUAGCAUCCCAGAGCCACAAAAAGAGCCAAGUCCGCCUAAAGAAGUGCCUGUUACGGUGAAAGAAGAAGAGGUAAAGUUGCUGGAGAGAAUAGUUGAAAAGGUUGUGGAAGCUGAUGUGGAAAUGAUCGAGGCUCCGAUCAAAGUGAAGACUGAGGAGAAGGCCGCCAAACAGGCUGUUAAUGGGGAUGUGGCUAAGGAGGAGCAAGCAACAAAACGACGAUCAAGUGAAGAGACUGAAACCGAAUCUCCACUAAAAAAACUCUGCCAGGAAGUAGAGAAGACAUUCCCGCAGCACGAUACUAUGAUCAACGACUACAUACAGACAGCCACCAAAAACAACAUCGAUGAAAUACAGAGGCACACUGAGCAGUUGCUAUCAGAGAUACAAACGCUAAGAGAACUAGCGCAGAAAAAAGAACAUGAAUGGAACAACAUCCUACAUUUAAAGAAAGUCAAAGAAGAGAUCUUGCUAAGGUUACUACGUAGGAAACAAGUGCUAUCAUUCGAAAAGGCAGCUGAUGUCAACGGUUCAGAUCGCACUGAUCCUUUUGACUACCUAAACCAGGCUAAGAACUUAGCUAUAGAUAAAAGUGAUGAGAUUUCAGGACUGUCGCUCAAACCGCCUUGUUCUACUAUGAACCCUAUGAUACAACCGCCUGUUAUGCCGGUGACGACGCAUUUUAACCCUAUGGUAGGUUUGCCUCCGCCUUAUGAUAAAGCUGCUCACAUGCAGAAUAUGCCUAAGCCAGUAUUCCCUCAACCACUCAUGCUACCUGGUCCGACGAUGCCCGGUUUCCCUAGAGACAUGAACGGGCAGCUACCCACAGGUUUUGGCAUGCCGAUGGGCCGCCAAGGUCCUACUAAGGAUGUCAAGUCUAUCAUAGCGGAUUAUAGACAGAGGAACCCAGAUAUAACGCCUAGAAGAGGAAGGAGAAUGAAGUCCAUUCUCAAUCCUAAUAUGAUGAACAACCCUAGGGCUAUUGCUCCGAAGAUUAUGGAGAACAUGAAUAACUACAAUAAUCUCAACAAUUUGAACAUGCUUUUCAACAAUUUGGAUAUGAACCAAAAAGCAAUGCUUGAACGGCUCCAGCAAAUCCAAGCCGGAGCGCUGCCCAACGGCGUGUCCUUUAAAGACGUCCUCGUCCAAUUCGCGAACAUGCAACAAACACCCGGCAUGCCCGGGAUGCCCAGGCCUCCUGAGACUGUCACGAACAGGCCUGAACAUGUUCCAACCCGCCCCGAGAGGAGACAACAGCCGCGGGAGAGGCAUGAGGAGACGAUACAGAAUAAGCAAGCCGAACGCAUGGCGUCAGGCAGCCCGCGGCUGCCGCCGCCGCCGCCCUACCCCGAGAUCUCGCUGCUGCCCGUCACCACCAGCCAGGACACGCCCCCCACACAGAACUCGCUACUGCACGGCAUACUCACCAAGAACUGCGGCGAGAUCACGAUCACGCCGGUGCAGCCCACGCCGCCGCCGGCCGACGCGCCCGACAAGGAGGAGGUCGUGCAGCUGGACGACUCGGAGUCCCCGGCGUCGGAGGGGUCGGCGGCGGCGUCGCCGGCGGACGGCGGGCGCCUGGUGAUCGACGAGGGCGCGGGGGCGGGCGCGGGGGACGACGCGCCGCCCUGCCAGGGCUGCCGCCGCCGCGCCGCGCAGUUCGUGUGCGCCGGCUGCGCCAACCAGUGGUACUGCUCCAGGGACUGCCAGGUGGCAGCCUGGGACGACCACUCCGAGAUGUGCUCCGGGUAGCGUCCGCACCGUACCGUAGUGACAUUUGCCUUAUAACGUCCCCGUGACACGUCAGGUGACCCUGAAUCUCGACCUCCAGGUUUAGCACAACUUGCGCUCUCGCGCGCGAGUUCAUACUUAAAGUCGCGAUAGAUGUAUGGACUCGCGCGCGACAACGCAACCUAUGCUAGCCCGGUCUAACUUAUUUCAUCCAAUGUAGCUGCGACUUAUGUAACCAAAAUAUUCAGUGAUGGUUUUAACUUGGCUUUGACAUUUGUACACAAUUAUAUAUAAGUGAAUGUUCACGAUAUUCUUGAAAAUACCUAGAAGAGACACCGAUACAUUUUUUUAAGGCACGUGUGUCAUGUUCCUAUUUUUUUUGAUCUUAACAUAUUGGUGAUAGAAUCUAUAUGAUAAAACCUGACCAGAAAUAUAUAUAUAUAUGAUGAUUGUCAAGAGGGCACUGUUAUUCUGAUGUAUGCGAUGACAAUUCAGAAUAGUAAAAAGAAAAAAAAUCUAAUGAGAUUCCGCAACAUGACGCGGAGUCUUGAAUAUCUGGCCAGGCUUUAAAUUGGCAGCUACUGUAAAGACUAAAAAUCUGAAUAAACUAUCUGUGAUUUUCAUGCCAUUAUUUCGUUUAAAAAUAAGUAUAAAUGAAAGAAAUAUUCUCAAAGCCAUAAUUUAAAAACAUCACUGCCUUAUCCUAUGUAGGUAUUGAGUUUUCCUAUAUUAUAGUAGAGUGUCAAGCUUCUUACGCUCUUUAGAAAUGCUAUUUUCAACUAUUAGAUGUAGGAUAAAGUAUUUUUUCAAUGUACUGGCUACAAGAUUGUAGCGAAUCGUUAAGAAGUGUUAUAUUAUUUUUUUGACAUUGGACUUUUUGACAGUUUGUGUGGUAAUGAACUGUGCACUCAGCUUUUGUGAUAUGUUCCUUUUGACAAAUAAAAAACAAUUAAAAAAAGAAAUGUAAUCUAACUACAACAGUAUAGACGGACAAUAAAGUUUAAUUUGUUUCCUUUUAAAACAAAUGCGACUGUACACCAUUAAAAAAAUAUUUAAAUAAUAAUGCCCUAAUCUACUUAAGUUUACUAAUUAGAAUGGAUACUCAGCAUGAUGAAUUUCGCACAUUGACCUGCCUAUUCCCGUCUCUGUCACUCACGCGUAAUUAUGUAUAUAGCUGUCCUUUUCAAGUGUCCAUGGUGACACUGCGCGAAGAGUGUGACAUUCGGGUGCGAUAGAGAUAGAUAUAGGCGGGUCAAUGUACGGAAUUCUUUUCGCUAAGUCCUUUCUCUAUGAUGAAACAAGAAUGAACGCGUUACUCAAUCAAAUAUAACGGUUGUAACUAUUUAAAUAAACUUAUUUAAAUUAUUGACUGACAAUUUUGUGGUAUUUAUUUUAGGCACUGGUUGAUAAUGCCUAUAUUUUUACAUAUAUCCCAUCUAUGAAAUUUUCAUAGUAAAAUAGCAUAAUAAUCAUUAAUCACAAUCUAAGGUUGUGAAACAUCACUUAGUCGCAAAAUAAACAGAGAAUGUCUGGUUGAAAACACUGCAUGAUAUGCCCAAGUCGAGUUUCUAUUCAAAAUAGGGUAAAGUAAACCACUUUUUUAAUGAUAUGUAACAUGAAAUUCGAGAAGGAAUAUUAUACACUAUAUUAACUUUUCAAGUGAAGACGCACCGUAUGAAAUACAACAUUUUUUCAGUACAGAUGGUGUUUUUUUUUUACGUACUAGUGCGAGAAGUGGUUCAUUAUAUUAUAAUUUAUAUGUCAGGUCGAAACUUCGGAUGGCCAUCUGUACUGAAAAACGUCGUACGAUACACGUGUGAAAAGGAAAUUCGUAUCUCGUCUGAUUUUGAUACAUUUUGAAACUCGGCGGCAUACUCAGCAGCCGUCUCUUUCAAUUCAGUACAGUUUUAAAGAGAUGGUCGUAACAUGAAGUGUAGACUUCAUAUUUUUUACUUUACAAUGACUUGUAUUAUUUAAUCAAAUGAUGUUUACGGAGCCCACUAUUUAGGCUAUUCUAUAUCGGAUGCUAUGUAUAAAUAAGCUAUAUAUAUAUCGUAGCGUACCGUAGGAUAAACAUACAAUAAAUGUUAUUUAUUAAUGUAAAUAUUAUCAAAUAUAUAUAUUAUGAGUUCUGAAUUAUGCCGCACUAUAUCUUCCAAAUUAAUUGUCUGUAAAAAAUGUUCUAAAGAACUUGAAUGUGUCAUUUUGAAGAGGUUAAUUACAUUUGGAAUACUACUAAUACUUUCUGUUUCAUUAAAAUAUGUACAUAUAUAAAGACAAACAACCAAAUCUU